GGGCCAGGCCAGCAACCAGGGAGCAAACAAGGAGCCAAAGCAACACCCAACACUUUCGCAUUCCUACCACCUUCUUCCCAUUCUCUUCCGUCUUUAUUCUCCCCGCCUCGUAACCUACCUCUUCGUCUCAAGAUGAGGUUCUGGAAUAUCAUCAGCAUCUUCGUCCUCGCCCUCCUCCUCGUCGUGCCAGCUUGGGCAUGGGAGAACUCAGACCAUGAGAUCUUCGACUUGCAAGCAGCCCUCGAGUCGAGUGAAGGCAAGGGCGUUACAUUCUACUCCAUGCUCAAUCUCACCAAGGACGCUACUGCCCAGCAGAUCAAGACGGCUUACAGGAAGAGGAGCGUAGAGCUGCACCCGGAUAAGCACCCGCAGAAUCCCUCGGCAGCAAAGCGCUUCGAGCGUCUGGGCCUGAUCAACAAGAUCCUCCGUGACGAGCGCAAAGACCGGUAUGACCACUUUCUCUCCACCGGUUUCCCCAAGUGGCGCGGAACAGGCUACUAUUACGAGCGCUUCCGCCCUGGACUCAUCUCUGUCAUUGUAGGUGUUCUAGGCCUCACGGUCCUCGUGGAGCACAUGAUCAAGCGACUCAACUUCUCUCGCGACGUUGGAAGAGUUUCACAGCUGCGCAAAGCAGCCCUAUUCCAGGCUUGGGGACCCAAAUUCUUCCAGGUUCUCUACAAUGCCAAGGGCGCGCCUGCCGUCGCACAGGAGAAGAAGCUCAAACUUCAGGUGGCUUUCCUGCCUGAGCUGCCGGCAGGUCCUACUCCAGCAGAGGUGGAGCAAGGAAAGGUGGACUGGGAUGCUCUGGAGAAGGAGGUCAGGAAGAGCGCGCUCACCAGUGGUGGAAGCCCAGCUCGCACUGGAGAGGGCGCUCCACGGACAGUGGAUCUGCUGGUCACGAGGGAGAGCGAUGGAGAGGCCAUUGUCUGGCUUCUCGAUCCCGCCUCGGGCGAAUUCAGCGAGCUCAAUGAGGAGAAGAUGCUCAAGCCUACCUUUAAGGAGAGCUGGCCAUUGCGAAUUGUGCAGAGGUUCAGGGAGGGAAAGGCUGGUCAGGCGGUCGAGGAAGCUGCUGCUGAGGGAGCAGAGGCCGUGUCGAAGGCAAAGGAGAGCGUCGCUUCUUCGUCGGCUGUCAAGAAGAGCAAGGGCGGCAAAAGGCGCUAGAGCCAAGGCAGCGCAUGGGAGCAUAUAUGCAGAUGAGGAGAGCUGGGAGAAAU